AUGUUUGGGGCCGCCGUGAUCAACAACACAGCCUACUACAGCGGCGGCCUUGACGCAAACAACCCCACGUACCCUCCUAGCGGCAGCUUCCUCGAGGCCGUUGACCUCGGGACCCUCGCACCGCGUACGCUGCCGACGGUGCCGGACGCCCAGCUGAACACCAGCCGGUACCGGCAGCAGCUUGCGCCCUGGGGCGAUGACAGGAUAAUCAUGGUGGGCGGCCAGUUUGACGACCGCAACGGUGUCAGCCAAAAAGCGAUGACAAUGGUGACCCUUGACGUGGCGAAUCGCACCUGGCAGCUCAAGCGCUCAUUCUGGCAGGGCAACGGCGAGACCCGCAAGGGCAACGACUUGCUGGGCUCAGGCUUGCUGGCCCCCAGUAUCCUCUUCUUGCAGCUUCAAGUCGUCGCCGGCACUGCUCUGGACAGCGAUGCAAAGCAGCUGCUGAUUUGGCAGAGCGAGCGCAGCAUAGCGCGUUCCGAGCAGCUCAACCCCCCGGAUGACAGCAUCCCAGCCGUCAUUGCAAUCGUGUUCGACACCACCAUUCUUGAGUCCAGCCUUCCUUGCGGUGUCAGCAUUCAGCCCAAUGGCCUGAAGCAUCUGAACGCCGGUGAGGGGGGCACGAUCCUCUCGUCGAUCCUGACCAACACCGCCGAGGGGCUCCACCUUUACCUCUGGAGCAACACCAACGGCACCUUUGAGGGGCGCAAGGGACUACAGCGUGUACAGGUGCUGACGCGCUUCGCGCUUGACAUCUCUGUGGACAAUGGGGGUUUUAAGAUCACUCACACACCGGUCAAUGUCUUCAUCGCCGUGCCGCCGACGCUGAAGCUGGCUCAAUUGCUCAGCGUCGACCUGCCGCUCCUGGGCAGCGUCGUUGUCUCUGAGGCGGAAAUCGCGUCCGGCCUGGUCGCGGGGAUGCCAUACGUUGGGGACGUCGAAUUGGUCAACGAUCUGGACAACCGGAACAUUGUGAUCAACGAGAUUCCCGGCGGCCUCAUCUUCCGCGGCAACUCCAAGCCAAACGAUAAGUGCGUGUCGUCAAGCGAGACCCCGACCAGCAAGAAGGAGGAGUGGGCGCCCUUCAUCAUGACCAUCCGCCUGUCAAAAGGCAAGCCCGCAUCGUUCCGGGCCACGGCCGCCAACACCUGGUGCGCGACUGCCAGCUCACUGGAUUGGGUGACUAAGAUCCAGCAAGCUAACCUCUAUACCAAAGGCAUGCGCGGGCUGCACGGCGUCAACGCGCCCGGCGGCGGCAAGCAGCUGAUGCUGGUGUCUCCGCGAUUCGUGUUAGCCCUGGGGUACUUCCCGGGUUACGCAGAUGGUGGUGAGCGCCAGGAGCCCGUGCAGGGCGCGUUCAUCGACGUGUCCACUCGGGCAAUCACUCAGUUCACGGCCAAGCCCCCCAAGGGCUACAGCUACCCGCAGUACGUCGCAGCGUGCGUCACUCGGCCCGCGGGUGGCGCCCAGGUGUACAUCGAGUACGGCGGCGCCAUCGGCUGGGGCGUGCCAAAGCGCACAGUGCUGAACAACGUCGCGGCCAUGCCGGUUCCGUUCAAGGCCGGCGCAACUGCCUCCAUCAGCCCGGUUGGCGGCGCUGCUGGCCUGCCUCGCCGCGCACAUGCUGCGAUGGCGUGCGCGCCAGACGGGCGGGCGUGGGUGUUUGGGGGCCUGGAGGACGUCGGCAACAAGGAAGCGACCAAAUGGGCGCCCACCAAUGACUUGAGCGCUUUCGCCCUUAAGGGUGGUGCUGGAGCGUUCAGCCUCACUGCCUCGUCAUCCAAGCAGCCCGCCAAGCCCACCGCCUUCGCGGUGGCGGCGUCAGCUGCGCCGGUGUGGCCGGGCGUGCGCUAUGGCGCGGGCAUGGUGUUCCUGCCGCCUUCGGUCGCUGGGACCAAGGCGGGCGCGCUGGUGCUGUUUGGCGGCAGCAGCGGGAAUGACCCGGAGCUGUUAGAUAUCAACAACAUGACCAAGUCGCCGCUGCUGGGGGACACCUGGCUCUACGACGUCGCCGCCGCCUCUUGGUGGCCCCUCCGCACUGCCGGCGCGCCGCCGCCGGCGAUGAUGUGGCACGCGAUGGCUGUCGACGGCCGCAGCGUCCUGCUGUAUGGCGGUCGCGUGAUGAACGCGACCACUGACACCUGGGCUCUGGAUUCAAACGUGUACGCCCUCGAGUUCCCAGAGUCCGGCGGGCUCCCGUCAUGGCGGUCCGCGCCCGUCCGGAACCAGAACCGCGGCACCGCGCCGCAGACGGACUUCCCCAACACGGCCAUCGUCCCCAUCGCCGGCCAGAUCGCGCUGCAGCGCGAGAUGGGGUGCUGA